CAGAAAAACCUCAGCAGAAAUGGCAUUAUCAUCUUCAGCGCUUCAUCUCCCUCCUUCAAUACCCUUUCUUUCUCUACCUAAACGCCACAAUUUUCCACCCCUCAAAGCUUCUCUUAACUUUUCAUUGCAUGAUAAACCCAAUUUGAAUGUGAAAAAUGUCUCCUUUGCUGCUACAAGAAGAGCUUCUCAUUUGGUAGUUGAAGAAGAAGAAGAAGAUGAAGAACUGGAAGAGGAAUUUGAAGCUGUAAACAUUGCUGAGGAUGUAACCCAGUUGAUCGGGAGUACUCCGAUGAUAUAUCUCAACAAAGUUACAGACGGCUGUGUCGCAAAUGUUGCUGCAAAACUUGAAUCCAUGGAACCUUGUCGGAGUGUCAAAGACAGGAUUGGACUUAGUAUGGUAUCUGAGGCUGAAGAUAGUGGAGCAAUGUCUCCUGGGAAGACCAUAUUAGUGGAACCGACAAGUGGAAAUACAGGACUCGGAAUCGCUUUUGUUGCAGCAACUAAGGGUUACAAGCUCAUAGUAACAAUGCCUGCUUCUAUAAACCUUGAAAGGAGAAUCCUUUUACGUGCAUUUGGAGCAAAGAUUGUUCUGACAGACGCUGAAAAAGGCUUACAAGGGGCUGUUGAUAAAGCUGAAGAAAUUGUUCUUAACACUCCAAAUGCUUUCAUGCUUCAACAGUUUGAUAACGUGGCUAAUACAAAGAUUCAUUUUGAAACUACAGGACCAGAAAUAUGGGAGGAUACUUUGGGUAAUGUCGACAUAUUUGUUGCUGGAAUUGGAACCGGUGGUACUGUUACAGGCACUGGACGUUACUUGAAAAUAAUGAACAAAGAAAUUAAGGUGGUUGGUGUGGAACCUGCUGAAAGGAGUAUAAUUUCUGGAGAAAACCCAGGUUAUGUGCCAAGCAUACUAGAUGUUAACUUACUUGAUGAAGUUAUCAAGGUCAGCAAUGAUGAAGCUGUCGAUAUGGCUAGGAGAUUAGCACUGGAGGAAGGGCUGCUGGUUGGCAUUUCUUCUGGAGCUGCUGCAGCAGCUGCAAUUAGCUUGGCUAAAAGGCCUGAGAAUGCGGGAAAACUUAUUGUGGUUAUAUUUCCGAGCUUUGGUGAGAGGUAUAUUCCAACCGUCCUUUUUCGUUCUAUAUAUGAAGAAGUGCAACAAAUGGAAGCAAGUUAGCAUAUAUUUGUACUGGGAGGUUCAGUCUACCAUGGAAUAUAAUCCUCCUUUCCAAUGAAUACUACUUGACAG